GGUGUUUGGUUUCACAGGCGUAGACGAUUCAAACUGGAAAUACUUGUUUUAAAUGAAUUCACUGUUGCAUUCUGAAUGGGGAAGAAUUUAAAGCGUCUAUCCUGACAAACCAGAUCAUUGCAAAUGAAAAGAAAAUGUGGGUGGUCACUCGCUAUCACACGCCUACUAAACUACACGUAUUUGAACACCAUCUCCACAGCGUUUCGUGAACCAUUUGGGCAAACAUGGAGGCGCUAAAGAAAGGAUUAUGUAAAGCGAGGGAUGGUGUUGCGUGCGUGGCUGAAAAGACGAAGGAUGGAGUUACUGGAGUGGCCGGGAGAACAUUGGAUGGAGUUGUAUAUGUGGGAACCAAAACGGCGGAAGGAGUUUCCACAGCUGCAGUGAAAACUGUUUCUGGGGUGUCUCAAGUGGGUGGGGCUGUGGCGAGUGGUGUUUCAAAUGUUGCCCAGAAGACUGUGGAAGGAGCUGGUACUAUUAUUUCAUCAACUGGAUUGGUCAAGAAGGAAUCAGCCAAUCAGGCUGAAGCAGAGAAAACGCCGGAAGAGCCAGCGGAAAGUGCAGGGGAGUGCAAGGAGCACUCCAACACCUCUACCCCCGAGGCAAAUCCCUAACUUUGCAGGACAAAUGAAUGAGCAAAACAUUCUGUGCUCUGCAGGCUCAUGGUGUGCUCAACCGGGGUUUGGGUCAAUCUGUGUAAUGUGUCGUGUGUCAUGGUGUUCUCUCUGAUGUGAGUGGGGUUUUUGAGCCCCCCUUAGACCAGCUGCCAUUUUACAGUAUGUGAUUCCUCUCAGGCUGGAAUGGCCAGAUAGUCUGGAGGGGCGGUGUGUGCUCUGUGGACUAAAAUAAAAAAUACAUUUAAAUAGAUAUUUAGGAGUUACACCAAAGCAUCUAAUUUAUGGGGAUAUAUUUUCUGAUUUGUUGCUUUGUCUGGUGCAAUGCAAUGCUUAUGUGUGCAUAAUUUUCUAUCUUUUCUAUGUUUGAUAUAUGUUUGAUAUAUUUGGCAGCACUACAGACUAGUGUCUGCAUAUAUUUUGAACAUGCAUGAUGUCACAUUUUAACGUGCUGUAACUUACAUUGCUAUUGUACUGUAAGCACUGUUUCAAUCCAAUAAAAUAUAAGCAUACUCCAUUUAA